AUGUGUUGCUGUUUGUUUAACUUCAGACUGACUCAGAUCAGAGAUGAGUGUUGUGUGGAGGAGAGGAGGACAGAGCAGAGUCUGCCAGCGCCAGCUGUCGUCUAUGAAGAGUGCUGGUCCAAUGAUCAUCCUCCAACCUUCAGUCUGAAGGAUCCAGUCCUACCUUCAAAAGCUCUGGACUCAGGUUCUUUGCAGACGUGCUUCACCGAACCUAUACUGGUACCAUCUGGCUUCAUCAGGAGACGCUCCCUGUCCCAGUCUGGAGAAAAGACCCAGAAACAAGACAAAACUGUUCGUGCAGAUCGGAUGCGAGGUGGCAGGAACAAGUUUGGCCCCAUGUACAAGCGUGAUCGUGCCCUCAAGCAGCAGAGGAAGGCUUUGAUUCAAGCAAGUGGAUUCAGAAUAGAGAGUAGCCCACUUCUGGUCUCCUCAACCCAUCAGAGAGACUUAACCUUCACUGGUGGCCUCCACCAAGUCCCAGUCCUUCACAGCACUUCCCUACCUGCAGCACAGAAUGAUCGCAUCGGCUACCAGCCUCAGUCACUGCUCCUGCCCUCAUACUCACCGGCUGCCACCCAGUACCAGGGCACCUCCUUCUCAAACUGGACCAUCAAGUCUGAGCGCACCAACAACUGCGCAAGUUCACCAGGCCCCGCUACAGGGGUAGGCUCAGACGAGCUGCACUUGAGAGCUUUCUCUCCGCAAGGUCCCAGGAUGCCUCAGCUAGUGAUGGAGUUCCUGCGCUGCGAUCCAGAUGAGCUCCAGCUGCAGAGCAAGAUCACCGCCCGUCUCCUACAGGAGCAGACCGUCUGGGAGAAACACGGAAACCUCAACACCUUCAGCCUGAUGUGCCUCAUGGCUGACCAGACGCUCUUCUCCAUCGUGGAGUGGGCACGCACAUCCAUCUUCUUCAAACAGCUGAAGGUGAGUGACCAGAUGAAGUUGCUGCACAGUUGCUGGAGUGAUCUAUUGCUCCUGGACAUCAUCUCCAGACAGGUCCUGUAUGGCAAAGAGGGCAGUCUGCUUCUGGUCACUGGACAGGAGAUGGAGCUGUCAGCCAUAACUUCUCAUGCUGGUCCUACCUUGGUCAGCCUAGUCCAGAGAGGACAGGAGCUGGUUGAGAAGCUCCACAUUCUAAAAGUGGACCGCCAAGAGUUUGCAUGCAUCAAGUUCCUUGUCCUCUUUAACCCAGAUGUGAACCAGCUUGAAGACCAUCAGUUCAUAGAGAGUGUUCAGGAGCAGAUUGAGGGAGCCCUGCUAGAGUACACACUGUGCGACUCUUCUCACCUCCUUGGGCGCUUUGCUCAUCUGCUGCCGUGUUUGACAGAGUUACGCUCUCUCAGCAGCCUCGCCGAAGACUACCUGUACUGCAAACACCUGAGUGGUGAGGUUCCCUGCCACAACCUGCUCAUUGAGAUGCUCCAUGGCAAGCGCAGCUGGGCAUGA